UCUCAAGACGUCAUCAAUCCGGCACUUGCCAACAUGGAAGGUGGAGACAGCACAGUCUCCGCGGCAGGCCGUGGGGCUUCGGGUUCCGCAGCAGUGGCGGCGACCGUGCAGGAGCUCCUGCAGGACGACUGUUAUAGUGAAUUUUUAAAUGAAGACUUUGAUGUAAAAACUUACACUUCCCAAUCUAUUCAUCAAGCUGUAAUUGCUGAGCAACUAGCAAAACUUGCCCAAGGGAUCAGUCAGCUGGAUAAAGAACUACACCUACAGGUUGUUGCAAGACAUGAAGAUUUACUGGCACAAGCAACUGGGAUUGAGUCUUUGGAAGGUGUUCUUCAGAUGAUGCAGACAAGAAUUGGAGCUUUACAGGGAGCUGUUGAUAGGAUGAGAUCAAAAAUUGUUGAGCCAUACAAUAAAAUUGUAGCCCGUACUGCUCAACUGGCAAGGCUCCAGGUUGCCUGUGAUUUGCUUCGGAGAAUAAUUCGCAUCUUAUAUCUCAGUAAGAGGCUCCAGGGACAACUGCAAGGAGGAAGUAGAGAAAUAACAAAAGCUGCUCAGAGUCUCAAUGAACUUGAUUAUCUCUCUCAAGGAAUAGAUCUUUCUGGAAUAGAAGUAAUAGAAAAUGAUCUACUCUUUAUUGCAAGAGCUCGACUUGAAGUGGAAAAUCAAGCCAAGCGUCUGCUGGAGCAAGGUGUGGAGACCCAGAAUCCAACUCAGGUUGGAACAGCUCUUCAGGUUUUCCAUAAUCUCGGGACAUUGAAGGAUACUGUUACCAAUGUCGUGGAUGGUUAUUGUGCUGCUUUGGAAGACAGUAUCAACAACACAUUGGACGUCAAAGUUUUGACUCAGCCUUCCCAGUCAGCUGUGCGAGGAGGCCCUGGGCGAGCCACCAUGCCAACUCCAGGAAACACAGCAGCUUUUCGGGCUUCCCUCUGGACCAAUAUGGAAAAACUUAUGGAUCACAUCUGUGCUGCUUGUGGACAGGUACAACAUCUACAAAAAGUAUUAACCAAGAAGAGAGAUCCUGUUUCUCACAUUUGUUUCAUUGAAGAAAUAGUUAAGGAUGGACAGCCUGAAAUUUUAUACAUGUUUUGGAAUGCAGUCACUCUGGCACUCUCUUCUCACUUUCAUGCAGCGACAAACUCUUCUAUGUUUCUGAAACAAGCAUUUGAAGGUGAAUACCCUAAACUAUUACGUCUUUAUAAUGACUUAUGGAAGCGUCUUCAGCAGUACAGUCAAAAUACCCAAGGAACGUUUAACACAAGUGGAACUCCUGACCUCAAUGUGGACCUCCCACACAUGGAAGACGAUACCCAAGACAUGUUCAUUCUGAAAAGGCCAGACUAUGAUCCAGAAAAAGCAUUGAAAGAUUCACUGCAGCCUUAUGAGGCUGCUUAUCUCUCAAAGUCCCUGUCACGGCUCUUCGAUCCCAUCAACUUGGUCUUCCCUCCUGGAGGACGUAACCCUCCUUCCUCUGAUGAGCUUGACGGGAUCAUUAAAAGUAUAACAAGUGAACUCAAUGUAGCUGCUGUUGAUGCAAACCUCACAUUAGCUGUGUCAAAAAAUGUGGUGAAGACCAUCCAGUUAUAUGCUGUGAAAUCGGAGCAGCUUCUCUCUACUCAGGGAGAUGCGAGCCAGGUGAUUGGACCUCUCACUGAAGGACAGAAGAGGAAUGUGGGUGUGGUGAACUCCCUCUUUAAGCUGCACCAGUCAGUAACAAAGGUGGUUGCCAGUCAGAGCUCAUGCUCAGCAGCGGCUGAGCAGACUAUCAUGUCAGCUCUAAAGACAAUUCACGAUCUCAUGGGGAAUGCCAUACAGCCCUUGCUGACGUCAGUGGCAGAUGCAAUCGAAGCCAUAAUCAUCACCAUGCAUCAGGAAGACUUUUCUGGGGCAUUAACCAGCUCAGGAAAGCCUGACGUUCCCUGUUCCCUGUACAUGAAAGAGCUACAAGGCUUCACUGCCAGAGUUAUGAGUGACUACUUUAAGCACUUUGAAUGCUUGGAUUUUGUUUUUGACAAUACUGAAGCUAUUGCACAAAGAGCCAUUGAACUCUUUAUCCGCAAUGCCAGUCUCAUAAGACCUCUUGGUGAAGGCGGGAAACUGCGACUUGCUGCUGAUUUUGCACAGAUGGAGUUGGCUGUGGGUCCAUUUUGCAGAAGAGUGUCGGAUUUGGGAAAGUCCUAUCGGAUGCUGAGGUCGUUUAGACCCUUGCUCUUCCAGACAAGUGAACAUGUGGCGGACAGUCCAGCAGUGGGAGACAUUAUACCAUUCAGCAUCAUCAUUCAGUUUCUGUUCACAAGAGCACCAGCUGAGCUGAAAUCCCCCUUCCAGAGGGCAGAAUGGUCCCAUGCACGCUUCUCCCAGUGGCUGGACGAUCAUCCAUCUGAAAAGGACAGGCUCCUCCUCCUCAGGGGAGCCCUGGAAGCUUAUGUUCAAUCAGUGAGAAGCAGGGAAGGCAAAGAGUUCGCACCAGUGUACCCCAUUAUGGUUCAGCUGCUUCAGAAGGCUAUGUCUGCUCUUCAGUGACCUGCAGUCUCCGCGCAGACCUGUCCACAGGUGGCAACUGAAGAGCAUAGUUGAUUUCCGUGAUUCCUAUUGAUUUUUCUUUUACCUCUAGCACUUUUACUUCAAAAUGUCAAAAUAGAUCAAUCAUCACAACCUUCAAAUGCAUACAUGGUUUUUUUUCAUAAAGGUUUUUUUCAAAAAUGUUUUCCUGUUUCAGAUUUUGGAGGAAGGCUAUUUUAUUUGCUGUCAUGCAGUUGAUUCCCUAUUAUUUGCACUUCAAUCACCUGCUUUCCCCCAGCCUGCCACUUUCUUUAGUGUUAAGCACUGUGAAAGAAGUCACAUCAGCAGGGCGUUCACGAGUAUACACCUGACAGAGCAGCCCUACCCCACAGUGAUUCGGACAUGCAGUCAAGCCCAGUAACUAUGGCCGAACCCAAAGCUGAGGCAGACACAAUGCUAAAUGCUCUUUACUGGAUCUAACUACAGCUUUAAAUGAAGCCAGGGUUUCUUUACACUGUCAUUUCACUAAAAACAGGCACUCAGGGCUUUGCAACAGGUUGAUUUCCUUUCUACAAAGAUUUUCUAUAAAGAGUAAUAUAACUCCUUAUUUUUCUAUUGUCUUUACUCCAUUAUUAACAUUCUUUAGCCGGGCAGUGGUGGCGCACGCCUUUAAUCCCAGCACUUGGGAGGCAGAGGCAGGCGGAUUUCUGAGUUCGAGGCAGCCUGGUCUACAGAGUGAGUUCCAGGACAGCCAGGGCUACACAGAGAAACCCUGUCUCAAAAAAACAACAACAACAAAAAAAAUCUUUAAUUUUUAAAACUCCACCAGCAACCUACUUCCAUCUACUGAUCAGAUUAUACUGAUAGCUAUACAUAAAUUCAGUCAAUCAGAAAUCAAAGAUAGACCUUUUUUUUUCCUUUUAUUUGAAAUAAUAUACAAGAAUAUAGUGUGCAAAAUUGAGGGGCAAUAAAAGUGUAAUGAACUGAAA